GAACCAGCUGUGGCGGUGCUGGUGGCGGAGCGGAGGGACCCGGACCGAGACCCCGACCCCGAUUCCGAUCCCGCCCCAAUCCCGGCGGUGGCCCCGCCGUGGGGCGCACGGCAGGGAUGCCUGGCUGGGAGGUAGGCGACUGAACAGCAGGCAUGGAGGGGAGAGGACCCUAUCAUAUCUAUGACCCUGGUGGGGGGUCAGAGGAGAAUGGAUCCACGGCCUUGGAGCGGCUGGUGGAGGAGAACGCCCGGCUGAAGGAGAAGAUGCAAGGGAUCAAAUCUAUCGGAGAGCUUCUGGAGGAAUCCCAGGUUGAGGCAUCCAAGCUGCGGCAGAAGGCAGAGGACCUCGUGAAGGACAACAAAAUGCUGAUUGGGUCAUCUUCCUUGGAGAACUUGGUGGAAAUUGGAGCCGUCGGCCCUGAUCCCAGCUUUGCACGGGCGGCCCCGGGCAGUGCCCAACUGGACAUGGAGGCACGGAAAUCACCUCCGAGUGAUGUGGAGCAGCCACUGAACGAGGAUGCCAACCUGCUGCCCCAGCUGCAGCAGCUGGAGAACACGCUGAGUGGCUGUGCCAAGGAGGCCAGCAAGGAGCAGGUCUUUGUGCGCAUGGGCUACAUGGCCUCCGAGCUCAAGCGCUUGGCCUCCAAGGUGCACAAGAAUGAGCAGAGAACGUCAUUCCUGCAGACGCUGUGUGAGACGCUGCACAGUGAGAACAAGGAGCUGCGCACCAAGCUGGAGCAUGACCUGGAGCAGAGAAACCAGGCUCUGGAGAAGCUCAGGUGUGAGAACCAGGAGCUCCGGAGGAUGGUGACGCUGAGCAGCCAGGACGCUGGGAAGAGGGAAGCUGCGGAGCAGCAGCAGCAGCAGAGCGGGGCCAUGGUGGAGAAGGCGCGAGGCAGAGAAGAGCUGGAAGCCAAGGAAAAGAAGGUGAAGAUCCUGGAGCACCAGCGCAGGGAGUUGCUGGAGGUGAACAAACAAUGGGAUCAGCAUUUCCGCUCCAUGAAGCAGAAGUACGAGCAGAAGGUCACAGAUCUACACCAGGAGCUGGCUGAGGCCCGCAGGGCAGUGACCGAGCUGGAGUCAGAGCGGGAGCAAAAGCAACGGGAUUUUGACCGCAAGCUGCUCCUGGCCAAGUCCCGGAUUGAAACAGAGGAGGCAAAGAAGGAGAGGCUGGCCAUGGAGGUGAGGGACCUGCAGCAGAGGAUGCGGUUCCUGCAGGAGCAGCUGGCUCCAGUCACCAGGCAGCGGGAAUACCAGGAAAAGGAGAUCCAGAGGCUGAACAAGGCACUAGAAGAGGCCCUGAAUGUCCAAGCCUCUCCACCACCCAUCUUUGCCAUGGAGCCAGCAGGGAAGCUGCCACAGCAGGAGCUGCUGACCCAGAAUGAGCUACUCAAGCAGCAGGUGAAAAUUUUUGAGGAAGACUUCCAGCGGGAACGGAGUGACAGGGAGAGGAUGAAUGAGGAGAAGGAAGAGCUGAAGCAGCAGCUGGAAAAGCUGCAGAAGCAGUUGGUCCUCUCCAACAACCAGCUGCGAGCCUCCAAAGACGACUGCCAGAGGGAGAAGGAGGAGAAGGAGAAGCUGAAGAAGCUGCUGAAACAGCACAAACAGGCUUCUGGAGAGAGGCUGCACCCAGAGCCAGGGCCAGGGCCGCUGGGCCCAGCCUGCCCCAUGUACCAGUACCAGUACAGUCCCCCCAUGGCUCACCCCAUGUACCACGGCUACGACGAGUGGCAGCAGAUCCGAUACCCGCCAGCCAUGCCGGGCGAGCACACGCAAGGACAGAACUUCCACCAUUUUCCCCCGCCCGAGUACCCCUGGCGCCCACCCUGUGCCAUGGCUCGCAGCCAGAACACCCAACCAGUGACUGGGGUGAAACCAGUCCCCAAGGACUUGGAACAGGCAGAUCCCGGAUUGCCGUAACGCCAAGGACCGGCCACGCUCCAACACCAGUGGAAGAGGAGUAGGGGGUGUGUGUGUGUGCCCGAGUGUGAGUGUGUCCAGGAGCUUCCUCUGGCUGCCAACGCCUGUGCAAGGACAUGUGCUGCACGUGAGGGGCUCAGCAGCGCCUUCCCCCAAGGAAGUCAUGAAGGAGGGACUAAAGGUGCCAUCAUGGUGGCAGCCAGCAUGGGGUCAGUUCCAUGCGGCCAUCCCCUUCCCCACGAGGAGCCAGGCCUGGCAUCGUUUUAGACCCGAGCCAGGUCUUCAGAGGGGAGGUCAGUGUUUCCUAGGAGCUGCCCCAGUCCAGAGCCCCUGGAGGAGCAGGUAACAGCAGGGACUCUCCUGGUGGUGGGAGACCCCACAGUCACAGGCAAGUGCUGGCCACAGCCAUGGCCUGGCCUGAGGGUGGUUGAUGUCUUUGUAUUUAUUUAAGGACUGAAGUGUG